GACUGCAACCCGCAUUGCGCACCACUUUCGUUUUCUCUCACAACAAAAGUAUCAUUGUUACGCUACUGUGACAUUUUUAUUUCAUUCUUGAUUUUUAAAAAUAUUAUAUUUAUACAAUACUUCAAAAUGUCUAACGGGGUGCAAGUUUUAAACAAUAAUCAGUCGCAAAUAAAAAAAGGAUCGCAGUCUGUGAGGCGACAAGCAAAAAACAUGGAGCAAAAGAAUAAUUCAGGUACUAAAAGACCGGGUGACCCAAUCAUCGAAGGCGCACCAAUACCAAAGAAACGUCAUAAAAAUCCACAACCCAAGAAUGCAGUCUGUGCAUUGAACGAAUUAAAGACCGGUGCUGUGUAUAAAGUGGUAUCACAAACAGGACCAACUCACGCUCCAAUAUUUACAAUAGCCGUACAAAUAGACGGUCAGUUGUACGAGGGUAAAGGUCGCACAAAAAAAAUGGCUAAACACGCCGCUGCUGAAUUGGCAUUACGGAAUAUUGUUCAAUUUCGUAAUACACCUGAAAUCCACCAAGCAAUUGGCUGCCAGGCAUUGACAACAGUCGAACCGGAUUUUACAUCUGACGUUACAGAAAAGGACAAUCAUCUUGUUAAUGCAUUCAAACCAUUGCUACAAGAACCUAAAAACCCAUCAAAAUUUAUUGACAAAGGUCCAGUUGCGCUUAUCAAUGAAUUGUAUCCCGGUGUUAUUUAUAAUUGUGUGUCAGACAAUGGCGAAAGUUAUGCUAAAUUUACGAUUGCUGUAACAAUUGAUGGUGAAACAUUCGAAGGGACUGGACCAAGUAAAAAAUUGGCUAAAGCUGCUGCUAGUAAAGCCGCUUUAGCUAAAUUACGCAAUGUUCACAGUUCAACAUUUUGUAUACCUUUGCCUGUACGUGUGCUACCUAAUUUUUCAAACUUUUCAUCAACUCACGAGUCAAUGAGUCUGCCACAAAUGUUAGCUGAUAAGAUUGGCAAGAUGGUUAAUUCAAAGUUUACUGAAUUGAUGCAAAAUAAACCUCAGCAUGCUAGACGCAAAGUACUAGCCGGGAUCGUACAAACAAAGGGCAAUGACGCUGAAUUAAUUUGUGUUACUACAGGUACAAAAUGUAUAUCUGGAGAACAUUUAAGUGUAACAGGUGGAGCAUUGAAUGACUGUCACGCUGAAGUAGUGGCACGCCGUUGUUUGUGUGAAUACUUAUAUCAACAAUUGAAACUUCAUACAGAAAAUCGUGGUGAAGAAUCUAUAUUGGAAGAAAAAAAUAAAAAAGGAUUUAAACUAAAACAGGCACCCUGUGGGGAUGCUAGAAUAUUUUCGCCACACGAAGAAAAUGAGUCUGUUGACAAACAUCCUAAUAGACGUGCUCGCGGGCAAUUGAGAACAAAAAUAGAAUCCGGUGAAGGUACUAUUCCUGUUAAAAGUAGCGAAGGAAUUCAAACAUGGGACGGUGUACUUAUGGGACAAAGACUGCUGACGAUGUCGUGUUCGGAUAAAAUAGCUCGAUGGAACGUACUAGGUGUGCAAGGUGCAUUACUCAGCCACUUCAUCGAGCCUAUUUACUUCCACAGCAUCGUUCUCGGCAGCCUAUUAAAUCCUAGUCAUAUGUAUCGCGCGGUGUGCGGCAGAAUUGAAAAUACAAUUCAAGGAUUGCCGCCACCGUAUCGAUUAAAUAAACCACUUAUGAGUUUAAUUACGUCUUCCGAAGUUAGACAGCCGGGUAAGGCGCCUAAUUACAGUGUCAAUUGGACAACAGGACAAACUGAAGCUGAAGUAAUCAAUUGCACAACGGGAAAAGAUGAAUUGGGGAAACCAUCAAGAAUCUCAAAACAGGGUCUAUUUCGUAUGUUUUUUAAUUUAUUGGGAAAGAUAAGUACAAUUGAUGAUAUAGAUCGUGAUAUAUGCCAUCAAUACCUUGAUGCUAAAUCUACAGUUCAAGAUUAUUCGCACGCAAAACGUCAAUUAAAGGAAGCAUUUGUGCGAGCACAGUUGGGCAAUUGGGUGAAGAAACCAAUUGAGCAAGACAUGUUCGAAGUUGAUAUCUGA